UGAAAAGGCGCUCAAAGCUGUUUGCGAAAAAUUCAGAUUUAAAGAGCUAAAUGCAUAUCUAAAGGUUGCAAUGGAAAAAUUUAUGCAGGGUAGAGAUAUUUUUGUGAAUUUUCCGACGGGCUAUGGCAAAUCGCUGAAAUUCCAAGCUCUGCCAACGAUGUUCGACAUGGUAAUGGCUCGUCAGGGGAGUAUUGUUGUUGUUGUCUGCCCGCUUCUUAAUUUAAGCAAGGAUCAAGUUGCCUAUUUGAAUAGCCUGGGUAUUUGUGCAAUAAACAUAAGUGAUGUCGAAAAUGAAGGAGAUAGCAGAGACGUAGAAGCCGGAAAAUAUUCUCUUGUGUAUGGGACACCUGAAUCUUGGCUCGAUAACGAUCGUUGGAGAUCAAUGUUGACUAAUAAAGUAUACUCCGAAAAGCUGUGUGCUAUCGCAGUGGAUGAAGCCCAUGUUUUAAGGCAACGGGGUACAUCAAGCACUAAUGACCAUGCUGUGUUCCGUGAGUGCUACGCAAGACUACAUGAAUUCCGAAGCCUUGCCCCAAAAGAGCAAAUUGUGGCUUUAACAGCAACAGCAACUAAUAAAACAAGAGACACAAUAUUUGACAUUCUAUUAAUGAAAGACCCUUAUGUUAUUUUCGAUAGUCCAAAUAAGUCCAACCUUACCUACUCCAUUCAUUACAUGGAAAAGGAAGUGGACAUUGUAUAUUAUUUAGGUUGGCUGGCAGAUGACUUGAGAACCAACAAGGAAGAAUGUGCUAGAACUAUUGUCUACUGUCAAACUAUUAAACAGUGUGGUGUUAUUUACGCUACAAUCAGAGGUCUGCUCGGUAAAGACAUGUUUACACCUAAUGAUGAGGCUAUGUUGGAAAUGCUCCACUCUUGCACACCUGUGGCUAACAAAAAUACAAUUAUGGAGUCUUUUUCAACUGAAGCUGGCAAGAUACGUGUUUUGGUCGCAACAAUAGCCUUUGGAAUGGGCGUAAAUUGCAAAGCUGUGAGUAGAGUUGUGCAUUUUGGCCCUGCGAAGAAUAUAGAAUCUUAUGCUCAAGAAACUGGUCGAGCUGGNUGUUUACUUAUUUAUAUGUUUGUUUUAUUAUUUAUAUACUUAAUUUACUAA